CUUUCUUUCUCUUACUGGAAUCUCAAUCACUGAUCCCACAUACACUUUUUCUUUUUUUUUGUUACUUUCUCUCUCCUCCAUUCUUGUGCUGUUAAAAUGAACACAUGACUACCUUCUUCUUCCUUCUUUUGCAGCUCCAAUGAAUAAAACAAACUAAACAACAUUAUUAUAAAGCUGAAAUUUUGAUUAUAAUUAUAUAAAAAGAAAGCAAAAGAGCUUGUGUAAGGUACUGUUUGUGUUAGAGUUUAUAGCUACAGUAGUACAGUACCCAACACAACAUUCUAGCUUUUCCUUUUUCUCUGUUUACAUUACAUUCUUCUUUUUUUUCCUUUAGACUCAAACAGGGCAUUACUCUUUCUCUCUCUUAAAGUGGGUGUGUUUGAAUUUUCUCUGAAUUUUCAGGCAUUCAACUGGGUUUGUUGUAGAUCCACAUUUAUGUCCCCCAUUGUACGAAAAUCAGCAGAUUGAAGGUUCUUAAUAGCUGCUUUGCUGUCAAAGUUGUCUGUGAUGGUAUUUGUUAAUCUGAUAUGGAGAGGAUUCCAGAAUUAAGGUCACUCCCAGUUCAAUUGCCUUCUGCAAGUGUUAUAGUAGGUAACAAGGUAAUCUCUGCUAGAGAACAGUUGAGCCGGUCGAAGGGAAGAGGGGUUCAGGAUUUGGAUUUUCCAGUACCCACAAGGCCAUGGAAGGGAAAAAUAUCUUUGGAAGAACAGGACGAGCUAAUGUUAGAUGUUAUCACAUCGAAUCAUAGUGUUGAUUCUGUUGAAGAUGGUGGUGGCACGAUUUCAUUUUCAGGAGCUAGUCAUCCUCCAGAACCCGUUGAUACUGAUUUGAUGAGACCGGUAUAUGUGCCAAUCAGCCAGAAGAAGCCAGAUGGGGGAACCUUGGUGAAGAGCUUGUCAGUGAAGGGUCCUUUUAUCGACGAUCUUUCGAUCCAGGUCCCGCCUAAGAAGCCAUGCCCUGUUGUUCUUUCUCCUGCUGAAAGCCUGGCAGAAGAACCAAAGGACUCGCAUGUAGUAUCUUCGCCAUUUUUGGUUCCUCGUGCAUCACACAAUGCUGAAGCCUCUCCCCAUCCAGAUACCGAUGAAAAGGAAUGUGUUUGGGAUGCUUCAUUACCACCAAGUCCACUUAGUAGUAUUGACAGUACUAGUGUAGUUAGAUCGAUGAGCAUUGCUAAUAGUUGUGCAAGCACGUAUAGGAGUGAUGGCAUAAUCAGUGAUGGAAUGUUAAGUUUUGAGAAGAAUUGUGAGAGUACAAAAUAUUGUAUUCGAGGUGGAGACUCACUUGAAAGUGCCAAGACUAGCAUGAGUCGAGCAAGUGAUAGUAGUGGCCUUAGUGAUGAUAGUAAUUGGAGCAACCUUACUGGAAGUGCUAAUAAGCCACACAAAGGCAAUGAUCCUAGAUGGAAGGCUAUCUUAGCCAUCAGAGCUCGGGAUGGAAUAUUGGGUAUGAGCCACUUCAGGUUACUUAAGCGGCUUGGUUGUGGUGACAUCGGGAGUGUGUAUCUGUCUGAGCUGAGUGGUACCCGUUGCUAUUUUGCUAUGAAAGUAAUGGAUAAGGCAUCUCUUGAUGCUAGGAAGAAGUUGAAUAGAGCUCAAACAGAAAGAGAGAUUCUGCAACUGCUUGAUCAUCCAUUUCUACCAACUUUGUAUACUCAUUUUGAGACUGACAGAUUUUCCUGUUUAGUCAUGGAGUAUUGCCCAGGUGGUGACCUUCAUACUCUAAGACAACGACAGCCAGGCAAACAUUUUUCCGAGUAUGCAGCAAGGUUUUAUGCAGCUGAAGUCUUGUUAGCACUUGAGUAUCUUCAUAUGCUUGGAGUUAUCUACAGAGACUUAAAACCAGAAAAUGUCUUAGUUCGUGAUGACGGACAUAUAAUGCUCUCUGAUUUUGACCUUUCGUUGAGAUGCACUGUCUCCCCAACCUUAAUAAAAACUUCUUUAGAUUCUGGCCCUCCAAAUGCAUUCUGUGUACAGCCAGCUUGUAUUGAGCCUUCAGCAGUUUGCAUCCAACCAGCUUGUUUCCUUCCCGGAAUCUUUCCCAAGAAGAACAAGAAAAAAACCAAACUCAAAAAUGAAACCGGACUUCUUUGCAGGACUCUUCCUGAGCUUGUUGCAGAGCCUACUCAAGCUCGGUCCAUGUCCUUUGUUGGGACCCACGAAUACCUAGCCCCGGAAAUUAUCAAGGGAGAAGGCCAUGGAAGUGCUGUUGACUGGUGGACUUUUGGGAUUUUCUUGCACGAACUAUUAUACGGCAAGACUCCUUUUAAAGGCUCUGGAAACCGUGCCACUCUCUUCAAUGUUGUCGGGCAACAACUGAAGUUCCCGGAUUCUCCGACAACAAGUUAUGCAAGUCGGGAUUUGAUUCGAGGAUUGCUUUCCAAAGAGCCACAAAACAGGCUUGGAGUGAAGAGAGGUGCAACCGAAAUCAAGCAGCACCCAUUCUUCGAAGGGGUUAACUGGGCUUUGAUACGUUGCAGCACACCUCCAGAGAUACCGAGACCCAUGGAGAUGGAGUUGCCUGGUAAGUUUGGGGCAGUUGAUACUGCAGGUGUUGGUAGUGUCAGUAAAAGAAUGCCCAGUACUGAUAUGAAGCCUGGUGGUGGUAAAUAUUUGGACUUUGAAUUCUUUUAGGUAAAAUCUAUAGGACAAACCUUGCUGCCUGUGUUAUUGGUUGAUCUUUGCAUUGUCCUGUGAAAAAUUUGCACGUACAUGUUUUGGUACUGCAUUUUGAGCUCUUUGUACUAGUGAUUAGUAACAUUCCAAUUCCAAUGCCAAUUCAUCUGAGAAUCUAUAUAUCUAUUCAGUUCGAUCCUCUCUA